AUCUGCAGAUUUCUCUCCUUUAAACUUGCGAGUGGCGCGGACUUGGGAGUUGUAAACAACACUUUUUUAAAAAAGCAAGCGCUCGUUUCCCGGCCGAAGGGAACAACACACCAUUGACUGUGAAGAGUUUGUAUUCUGUCGAUUUUGGCAGAGGGCCAGGUCCUUCCUUUGUGGACGUCCACCAGGUUGAAUCUUCAAAUCACGAGCCCCUCACCGCUUAGUGAGACAGACACUGGAACGCGCAGGAAGAUGAACACCAUCGUCUUUAAUAAAUUUACCAACCAAGUUAUUUUCGAAGAAAAGGCAAAUGAGGUCGAGAGGAAAAGCAGGACCUAUAUGGAAGUGAUGGAGGAACAAGAGCAGGAGCUGAUGAUCCCGGACAGUCCGUCCAGCCGGAGUCAGAGGGGUCUGCGGCACAGGAGGUCUGGCUCUCGGCAGGGCGGAGGUAAGGUGAGGCACAAACGGCAGGCUCUUCAGGAUAUGGCUCGCCCUUUGAAACAAUGGCUGUACAAGCACCGAGACAACCCGUACCCAACUAAAACCGAGAAGAUUCUGCUGGCCCUCGGUUCCCAGAUGACCCUGGUACAGGUUUCCAACUGGUUUGCAAAUGCCAGACGCCGCCUGAAGAAUACUGUUAGACAACCAGACUUGAGCUGGGCAUUACGUAUAAAGCUAUACAACAAGUAUGUGCAAGGCAAUGCAGAACGACUCAGCAUUAGCAGUGAUGACACAUGUUCCGAAGAUGUGGAACAUCCACCGAGAAACCUUACAGAUGGAGAAUUCAACAAACCAGUUCAAGCUGUUGCUAAAAAGGAAAGUCCUAUCCUGAAGGCAGUUGGAAGACCAGGCACAAUAAUCAAUGAGGAUUAUGUGUCCCCACCAAAAUACAAAAGUAGCUUGUUACAUCGCUACCUGAAUGACUCCUUAAGGCAUGUCAUGGCAUCAAAUGCAGCUAUGAAAGCUACUGACAGGAAAAGACACCAUUCUGGGUCCUUCAGCUCCAAUGAAUAUGAAGAAGAAUUAGCAUCACCAUCGUCAUCUGAGACAGAUGGGAACUUUGUGUAUCGUACUGGUAAGGCUUCUGUACCAUAAAUGUUUUUUUUUAACAAAUUUAUUCCUGGAAUUGAAUGUGAAUGCCCAUCAUUUACUAUCCAUACACAGGUGUUUCAUGACAAGGUGGGAUGGUGUUCUUGACUGAUUAGAUUUCCUACAGUGUGGAAACAGGCCCAUUGGCCCAACUAGUCCACACCGACCUUCCAAAG